AUGGCUUCGCUGAGGCGGGUGAAGGUGCUGCUGGUGCUGAACCUGGCGGCCGUGGCCGGCUUCGUGCUGUUCCUGGCCCGCUGCCGGCCCAUCGCCGUGCGCGGCGGGGACGCCUUCCACGAGCUCCGGCCGCGCGCCGAGGCCGCCAACCUCAGCGCGCCCGCCCGCCCCGUCCAGGACGCCGUGCUGCGGCGCCUGUCGCUGCUCGAGGACAUCGUCUACCGGCAGCUCAACGGCUUGUCCAAAUCCCUUGGCCUCAUUGAAGGGUAUGGGGGCCGAGGCAAAGGCGGUCUUCCCGCAACCCUGUCCCCGGCUGAAGAAGAGAAGGCUAAGGGACCCCAUGAGAAGUAUGGCUACAACUCCUUCCUCAGUGAGAAGAUCUCACUGGACCGCUCCAUUCCGGAUUACCGGCCCACCAAGUGCAAGGAGCUCAAGUACGCCAAGGAGCUGCCACAGAUCUCCAUCAUCUUCAUCUUCGUGAAUGAGGCACUGUCGGUGAUCCUGCGGUCCGUGCACAGCGCCGUCAACCACACGCCCACACACCUGCUCAAGGAGGUCAUCCUGGUGGAUGACAACAGCGACGAAGAGGAGCUCAAGGCCCCCCUGGAGGAAUAUGUGCACAAGCGCUAUCCCGGGCUGGUGAAGGUGGUGCGGAACCAGAAGCGAGAGGGUCUGAUCCGAGCACGCAUUGAGGGCUGGAAGGCGGCCACAGGCCAAGUCACCGGCUUCUUCGACGCACACGUGGAGUUCACGGCUGGCUGGGCAGAGCCUGUCCUGUCUCGAAUCCAGGAGAACGGGAAGCGGGUGAUCCUGCCGUCCAUCGACAACAUCAAGCAGGACACCUUUGAGGUGCAGCGCUACGAGAACUCAGCCCACGGAUACAGCUGGGAGCUGUGGUGCAUGUACAUCAGCCCCCCGAAAGACUGGUGGGAUGCCGGGGACCCUUCCCUCCCCAUCAGGACGCCUGCCAUGAUCGGCUGCUCCUUUGUGGUCAACAGGAGAUUCUUUGGGGACAUCGGCCUGCUGGACCCGGGCAUGGACGUGUAUGGUGGGGAGAACAUCGAGCUGGGGAUCAAGGUGUGGCUGUGUGGGGGCAGCAUGGAGGUGCUCCCCUGCUCGCGUGUGGCACACAUCGAGCGGAAGAAGAAGCCGUACAACAGCAACAUCGGCUUCUACACCAAGAGGAACGCGCUGCGAGUGGCUGAGGUGUGGAUGGACGACUACAAGUCCCACGUGUACAUCGCGUGGAACCUGCCACUGGAGAACCCAGGGAUCGACAUAGGUGACGUUUCAGAGAGAAGAGCUUUGCGGAAAAGCUUGAAGUGUAAGAGUUUCCAGUGGUACCUGGACCACGUCUACCCCGAGAUGAGAAGAUACAACAACACCGUGGCCUACGGGGAGCUGCGAAACAACAAGGCAAAAGAUGUCUGCCUGGACCAGGGUCCCUUGGAGAAUCACACGGCCAUCCUGUACCCAUGCCACGGAUGGGGGCCACAGCUGGCCCGCUACACCAAGGAGGGCCUCCUGCACCUGGGCGCCCUGGGGACCACCACACUCCUGCCGGACACCCGCUGCCUGGUGGACAGCGCCAAGAGCCGGCUGCCCCAGCUCCUGGACUGCGACAAGGUCAAGAGCAGCCUGCACAAGCGCUGGGCCUUCAUCCAGAAUGGAGCCAUCAUGAACAAAGGCACAGGGCGCUGCCUGGAGGUGGAAAACCGGGGCCUGUCCGGCCUGGACCUCAUCCUGCGGCCCUGCACAGGGCAGCGGUGGACGAUUAAGAACUACAUCAAGUAGCCGGAGGGGCUGGGCCUGACCAGCCCAACUCGGGACAUGGUGGCAGCCACAGGAGCCCAGGCCCCGGGCUGCAUGGGGUCCCCAGCUGAAGACUUGAGCCCCAUGGGUCUCCCAGGAGCCCUGAGGCUGGUGAACCUUGGAAAGCACCCCCAACCCUUCUCGGGGACCCCUGGAGCUGUGUCCCCCAGCUCCAGGCCUCAGGGGGGCCACUGUUCCCCUCUGCGUCAUCCCCGCCCUGGUGCCAGGGUCUGGGCCAGGCAGGGCCCCCCACUUCCUCAUCGUCUGCAGCAGCCGCAGCUUCCGAACCUCACCCGGCCUCAGAGAAAUGGGGGGCUCCAUCCUCCUCUUCAGAAGAGGAGCAAAGCCCCUGCUCCAUUGGUUUGAGGUGGCUUCUGCGUGUUCAUACUCCACAGCCCGGGAGGCCCCGGGCCCACAGUGCUGGACUUCCUGGGCCUCCCUAAGGGGCCUUGAAGGGUGACACCAGACACUGGGCACCUGGCUUCUCCAUGUGUGCCCCUCAGGGGCUGGAAUCAGGCUGGAAACACCUCCAUGGGCUCCCCGCAGUGGAGCCUGCUCUGCCGGCCAUGGCCAGGCAGGGGCAGUGUGGCCUGGCUCAUGAUGCCUCAGAGGAGAGUGAGGAGCUGAAGAAUGGCCGGUGAGGACCCAGGACCUGGAUGAUGCUCCAGGCCUCAUCGCCCUGGCUCUGCCGGCCACACGGGCCGUCUCCUCUGCAGAAUAAUUGCAUCGUUUCUUUCCAAUUGCCCUCUGGCGAGGGUGCACCUGUAAAUCAGAGUUAAUAUAUGAGCGUGUGUGCAUGCAUGGGAGAGGGUGUAAGUGUGCGUGCGUGCGUGCAUGCAUGUGCGUGUGUGUGUGUGUGUGUGUGUGUGUGUGUGUGUGUGUGUGUGGUGGGGAGAGCAUCACAGCUCUGUGGCCUGGGGCUCGCUGCUUUGCUCACCUGUGUGGGGGGCAGGCUCCUGUCGCUGGCCACAGUCUUGCCUGGGGUGGGCCCCGCCUCUGCCAGUCAGUCCCCACUGCUGCCCCUGGCCACCCCCUGCCCAGGAGGACCCCUGUAGUCACCUGCCCAUGCGAGGGGCCAGGACCUCACCUGGCAUUCUCUUGGUGGUGGUUCCAUUACCCCAUUCCCCAUCUUGAAAUAAAUAUGUUAGCACUU